AUGUCCACCAUCGCCCCAACAGCGCUACAGAGCGCUCAGGCGCCCGUCAUUCCGCUCGACUUCAACGCCAACCAGCCCCAGACCAUCCGCCUCUUCCCUCUCUCCAACUACACCUUCGGCGUCAAGGAGACCCAACCCGAGGAGGACCCCAGCGUUUUGGCCCGCCUGAAGCGUCUCGAGGAGCACUACGACGCGCACGGCAUGCGGCGCACCUGCGAGGGCAUCCUCGUCUGCCACGAGCACAACCAUCCGCACAUCUUGAUGCUGCAGAUCGCCAAUGCCUUCUUCAAAUUGCCCGGCGAUUACUUGCGCCCGGAAGACGAGGAGAUUGAAGGGUUCAAGACGCGUUUGGACGAGCGCCUGGCGCCCGUGGGCAGCCUGGGCGAGGGCAAUAAGGCGGCGGACUGGGAGGUCGGCGAUUGCUUGGCGCAGUGGUGGCGACCGAACUUUGAGACGUUCAUGUACCCGUUUGUGCCGGCGCAUAUCACCCGGCCCAAGGAGUGCAAGAAGUUGUACUUUAUCCAGCUGCCUCACUCAAAGGUGCUGAGUGUCCCCAAAAACAUGAAACUGCUCGCAGUCCCGCUCUUCGAGCUCUACGAAAACACCCAGCGCUAUGGCCCCCAACUGUCCGCCAUCCCCCACCUGCUGAGCCGAUACAACUUUGAGUUUGUCAACGAGGAUGGUGAGGUGGUCGCCAUGACGCCCGGUGCUGGCCCGACCGACUAUGUCCCCAAGACCAAGGUUCUAGCGGGUGGCGACGACGUCGACAUGAAUACCGAGAACGGGACGCACUAA